AUGCAUUGUGUCUUUUUCUUUUUCUUUUCUCAUUUAGUUAAAUGUUUUAUUCUCCCUGUAACCUCUGUUCUGAUGAUUAUCUUCUUAUAUAAAAAUAUCUCCCCAUUGUUGUCUGACUUCUUCAGAUAUUGUUUCUUGUUUUACCGAACUCUCACAGCUGUGUCCACACCCCAGUCGACCGUGAACAUGGACAACACCCCUUACAAAAACCAAAGCGUGGGCAGAGGAAGACGACCGGAGAAUAUUUGUUUUACGUCAUUUAUCUCUCUCUCUCUCUCUCUCUCUCUCUCUCUCUCUCUCUCUCUCAGAUACACAAACACGCAUACAUACGCACACAUGCUGUUCCUCCCUAUCUAUCUAACAUGUUUAUCUAUCUAUCUAUCAUGUUUAUCUAUCUAUCUAUCUAUCUAUCUAUCUAUCAUGUUUAUAAUCUAUCUAUCAUGUUUAUCUAUCUAUCUAUCUAUCAUGUUUAUAAUCUAUCUAUCUAUCUAUCUAUCUAUCUAUCUAUCUAUCUAUCUAUCUAUCUAUCAAGUUUAUAAUCUAUCUAUCAUGUUUAUAAUCUAUCUAUCCAUCUUGUUUAUAAUCUAUCUAUCUAUCAUGUUUAUAAUCUAUCUAUCUAUCUAUCUAUCUAUCUAUCUAUCUAUCUAUCAUGUUUAUAAUCUAUCUAUCAUCUUUAUAAUCUAUUUAUCUAUCAUGUUUAUAAUCUAUCUAUCAUGUUUAUCUAUCUAUCUAUCAUCUUUAUAA